AUGACCGCGCACAAACGUGCAACAAACGGGGAUAAUGGACUACCCGUGCCGCCUGUGGACGAUGACUCUGAAAUUGAAGAUCCUCUUGAAGGCAUCCUUGGCUCUCGCACCGGUUGCAGGUAUGUCAAAAAAAAGCUGUUGGGUCAAGGAAGUUUUGGAAGCGUGUGGCGGGUGGAGGAAACGGCGACAGGGUCGAUCUUUGCAGCAAAGGUGAUGGAUACAAACAAUAUGAGCGCGAAGGACCGUGGUUUUGUUAUAAAUGAGGUUAAAUGCCUUUCACGCUGCAACAACGCAAAUAUUAUACGCCACCAUGCCUCAUUCAACCGCGGUGGGAUGCUGCUCAUCAUCGCGGAGUAUGCCGACGGUGGCGACCUCUGCAGGCAAAUCAAGGUGCGGCAGCACGCAGGACGGCACUUCAAGGAGCAUGAAGUGUUAUACAUAUUUCUGCAACUAUGUCUUGCAUUGGAUCACAUCCACGGCAAUAACAUGAUGCACCGCGACCUUAAGUCUGCCAACGUACUGCUUACCACAAUGGGCCUUGUGAAGUUGGGUGACUUUGGCUUCAGUCGUCAAUACGAGGACUCGCUGUCAAAUCCUGUUGGCACUACUUUCUGUGGGACGCCAUAUUAUUUGAGCCCCGAACUCUGGCGCCGCGCGCCGUACAGCAAAAAGAGUGAAAUGUGGGCUCUUGGUGUGGUGUUGUAUGAAGUGAUGAUGUUGAAGCGACCUUUUGGUGGACGUAAUAUGGAUGAGCUCAUCAACAAUAUUGUCCAUGCCCGCCGCGCCCCGCUUCCAAAUAUGUACUCGGAUGAACUGCGUCGAGUGUGUGAUCAGUUGCUUUCUCUCGAUCCAGCUAAACGGCCGUCACUGCGACAGCUCUUCCAACAGCCUUUCAUUCGCCGUGGCUUAGACUCACUGCGACGAAGUGUGGAGACGCACAAAAAAAUUCCACCAAGAACCUUCAGCGAGAUUGCACGAAACAUUGAUGAGGUGUUGAGACCUGGUCUCCCGGAGUAUCGGGGGAGUAGUGUAACGCCUCAUCGUGGGAUGUUGCAACGUCACACCGCGGAUCGUGGUUGGAAGGAUUGCGAGCUUUCACUAAACGCUGGCGGUGUUUCAAUGCGAGAUGUAGAAACUGGUGGCGUUGAAACGGUGAAUCUUGAAACCCUCACAUCCGUCUGUCCCGUAGACGCGGCAACCGCUCAGGAGAAAUAUGUUUUCGCUCUUAAGAAUCAAACAGGAAAGGCGUAUUGGUUUAAGGACCUUGCAGAGGAUUCAUACGAUUAUUGGAUUUCCGCCCUUCAGAAAGCCAUAUCGCAUUGA